AGUAAUGAGCGGGUGGGACAAGCUGUUUUUGCCUUUCUAUCCCCUCCUCUAGCUCAACUACCUAAACAUAGCCACUCAAGACCUAAAUAUAUCUUUUCUACAUUUGAAGACGAGACUUUCCUGACCAGCGUCGUGUGAGACAAGAGUUUGGGGGUUCUACAGCUUCCUCUUCUCGGGCCUCCCAGGGAAACUGUAAAUACCUCUCCUCCUUAUGCCCGUUAAGAAGAGAGGCGAGCAUCAGGGAAGCUGAAGGAACUGCCUGUGAGAUGCUCUUUUAACGGAGGAGACAGACAGAGGCGGGAGGGAGAGAGAGAGAUGUCAUGCUUACCUUCUUGGAGAAGAAGCCCCCUGACGCACCUGCCCGUUGUUGGCAGGUGGUGGUUCAGGUUGUGACCUCUAAACCCCUAAAAACUCUCUACCCUGACUAUUGCUGAGACCAGAGUGUGAUCCAUGGCUAUAAAGAGCCUUCUGCACGCUGCUUCCACUUUCAGGAAGCAGCUGAUGAGGGUGAAGGUGGUAAACUCUAACUCUGAGGACUCCCGUCUGUGCCGAUGUCUCAACACCUUUGACCUGGUAGCCCUCGGUGUGGGCAGUACUUUGGGUGCUGGUGUUUAUGUGCUCGCUGGUGCUGUUGCAAGAGAGAAUUCUGGUCCUGCUAUUGUGCUGUCAUUCCUGAUAGCAGCCAUAGCCUCAGUGUUAGCCGGUCUUUGCUACGCUGAGUUUGGAGCCCGUGUUCCCAAAACAGGCUCGGCUUAUCUGUACUCCUAUGUGACUGUAGGGGAGCUGUGGGCCUUCAUCACUGGAUGGAAUCUCAUUCUCUCCUACGUCAUUGGUGCCUCCAGCGUGGCUCGUGCAUGGAGCGCCACCUUUGAUGAGUUGAUAGGGAACCCCAUAGGGCAGUUCUGCAGAAAGUACAUGGCCCUGAAUGUACCAGGAGCACUGGCAGAGUAUCCUGACAUAUUUGGUGCUUUCAUCAUAAUCAUUCUUUCAAGUCUGCUGGCAUUUGGGGUCAAAGAAUCAGCAAUGGUGAACAAGGUCUUCACUUGUAUCAAUGUCCUAGUCUUGGUGUUCAUGGUGAUCUCUGGAUUCGUCAAAGGCACUAUUAAAAACUGGCAGCUAGACCCUGAAGAGAUCCUACAUGCAAGUUAUACAACAAACACCACCAAUGUGACAGACGUCCUGCCAAGCGCAGAGAGUUUGGGAAUCGGCGGCUUCAUGCCAUUUGGAUUCACGGGUGUCCUGUCAGGAGCCGCUACCUGUUUCUAUGGGUUUGUGGGAUUUGACUGCAUUGCUACCACAGGUGAAGAGGUGAAGAACCCCCAGCGAGCCAUUCCUUUUGGUAUCGUAUCCUCAUUGCUCAUCUGCUUUGUGAUCUACUUCAGCGUUUCUGGUGCUCUCACCCUCAUGAUGCCAUACUACCUGCUGGACAGCAACAGCCCUCUGCCUACAGCUUUUAAUUAUGUGGGCUGGGGGGGCGCGAAAUAUGCCGUAGCUGUAGGCUCUCUUUGCGCUCUGUCUACAAGCCUGCUGGGUUGUCUGUACCCUGUUCCUCGUGUGAUCAUGGCUAUGGCUGAUGAUGGGCUGUUAUCAAAGUCCUUGGCCAGGGUCAACUCCUGCACCAAAACCCCACUAAAUGCAACUUUUGUCACUUCCUCUCUGGCAGUUUUCAUGGUGUUAAUGUUCGAGCUGAAGGACCUGGUGGACCUGAUGUCGAUAGGGACGCUGCUAGCCUACACAUUAGUGGCUGCCUGUAUCCUGGUGCUCAGGUACCGGCCCAGCAUGGGUUACCAGAUUGUCAGUAGCCAGGAGGAGAUGGAGUUGAAUGAGGGCAACAUCCUGCCCGGUAUGGAAGAGAGGCUCAGCUUCAAAACCUUGCUGUUCCCAGACAACCCCGCACCUUCCAAACUGUCAGGCUUCACUGUCAACGUCUGUGUCUUUCUCCUCGGAAUGCUGAUGCUGGCAUUCAGUGUUCUGGCAUCUUAUGGAGAUCUUGCUUCGUGGAACUUGGUAGCCCUCAGCGUCAUCUUCACGAUGUGUCUUUUCGUGGUCUUCAUCAUCUGGAGACAGCCCCAGAACCAAACUAAACUCUCCUUCAAGGUCCCCAUGCUGCCCUUCAUUCCAGUGAUCAGCAUGUUUGUCAAUAUCUACCUGAUGAUGCAGCUUGAAGAACGCACUUGGGUUAAAUUCUCAAUCUGGAUGGCCAUAGGUUUCGCGAUCUACUUCGGCUAUGGUAUCCGUCACAGCACCCUGUCAGCUUCAGCUCAUUCGACUCCGGACACAGAGAUGAAGGGCUUAGGGCUGAACCGCAAGUCAGAAUCAGCAUCACCAGAAAAGGAAGCCUUUUUGUCAGAUGGCAUUGAUGUAAGGGAAGAGAAUGAUGGAGAUUUGUAGGAAUUUACAAAUCUCCAUCAUUAGAUCACGCUGCUUCCAAGACAUGCAUCCUUGAUAGCCAGCAGUCAGUCUGUGUGAACUCACUGGCAGUACUUUCUUUUAGGGAAGGUAAAGAUAAAUACCUCAUAUCUAAAAUUCACAAUCUUCUGACUUACUUCUUCAGCUGCAGGGAGAACACAGACAACUGAUGAAAGAAUACUCAAAAAAAGACUAAUAAAGCCAUAACUAACAUGUUUUGUAUUUUGCAAUAAGGUUCAGAUUCAAGUGCCGAUUAUUACUUGACUAUCAGGAAUUAGGGCUUGUGUUGGAGAUACAGAAUACAUCAGUGUGUUAAAGAUGUUGGGGAGCCAUAGUCUCUGUUUCUUUUCAUAUUCGGUUGCACUUACGUCUACAACCUGUGUCUGAGCCACAUUUUUGACAGCAGGAAUAUGUACAAAAGCCAAUGUGUGGGUGCCAGAAAGGUCUUCAAUGAUCAGUGAUGGAUGUUUUUUUUUUUUUUGUUGUCGUUGUUGAUGUUUGUUUGUUGUAUCAAAAGUUCAUCAGUUAGGUUCACGGGUUUUUGUUGGACAAUGACACAUUUAUUUUAGUGCUUUUGCCUCUAAUCUCUACCAGAAGAGAUUUUAAAUCAAAUGAUCAAGAUGUGAAUCAAGGGAAGUGCAGACUUUAAUUCAAAGUGUUUAUAUAUAGGUGUGAAUUUAAUUAUCAGGGGGAAAAAAAAUAACCAAAGAAAUUAACAAGGGUUGCUUUUAAUAACGGGGCAAAAAUCUUUUACAGUCAGUGACGAUCUGACAUCUUAACUUAGUUCCGUUUUUGUCUUCUGAAAGUGUAAAACGUCCUCUGUUGGCUUGAGGUAACUGAUAUGGCCAUUAAAGAACAUGCCUUUCUUUGCCUCGAGAAAGUUGCUUUUGCAGAAUGUGUUUGGUCAUUAUCCAGUUUCCACUGCGAAGUGUCCAUUGUACAACCGGGUUGAAUUGGAACAUAGAGUACAGCCCUGCAUGCUUCACAGUUCAUCCUGCUACUUAUAUCAGCAGCUGAAUCAUCAUCAACAAACUCUAGUAAACUGGUUCCAUUGGCAGCCAUACAUGCUCAUGCCAUAACACUGACUCCACCGUGUUUGACAGAUGAUGUGUUAUGUUUUGGAUCAUGAGUUGUUUUUCCCCUUCACUAUCCUUUUCCCAUCAUUCUGGUACAAGUUAAUCUUGGAUUCAUCCGUGCAGGUUCUUUUAGAUGUAUUUCUGGCAAAGUCUAAUCUGGCCUGUCUCUUGUUGAGUUUAACCAGCAGAUUGAAUCCUCUUUUAAAAUGUCUCUAUAUCCAUUCAUGAAGGCAGCUAACUACCUCCUAAAGAGUGUUCUUGACUUUCUUAACCAAGAAAAGAAUUCUGCGAUCAUCCACUUUAGUUGUCUCCUGUGGUUUCCUACGCUUUCUGGUGUUGCUCAGCUGGCCCCCGUGUUCCUUCUUGUAACAGAUUAUUGAUUUGGCAGCUGUUUAUUUUGGUUUAUUUUUUAUUUAAAAUCCAUUGUUGUGUGUUGAUCUACAGAGGCUAAAUUACAAAAAACCAAACACACAAAUAAAAUGUGUCAUUGUCCAAAUACUUAUGGACCUAAGUAUAUGUGCAAAAGUCUUAUCAUCAGAUUACACAUUUAAGUAUAAAAUACAGUUUGGUACGAAAACCCAAGUUCUCUAAAAUCUCCCAGUUCUUGUGUAACAAUAUUGCAAGUACACUGUUAAAAUGCUGUUCUAACAUUGCUCCAUUACAAGCUCUCACAUUACACUUGGCUUAUCUGUGACAUAAUUCUUCACUAGCAGAAAUCUGUGGUCAGGUCAUUGUCUGGAUGUAUAAAAGCGGCUGCAGUUCGCUGUGCUUUACCAUUUCUAUAUGUGAAAAAUUUCAUUGAUGCCUUUUGAGGUCCAAACUUGGUCCUCAUGUUCAGUUGUGGUUUUACAGUACAGUUUUAAUGCAGUGGUAUGUUUGUUUGUAUCUGUUUUCUCAAGAAGCAAUCAUGAAACAUUGUAAAGCAAAGAUCUGCAACGCAGAAUGUAAUACACAAACUAAUGUUCCAGGAGUGUAGACAACACAUUGCUGAUUGUUCCUCAGUCUGAGAGUCCGAGGAAGCGGGGCGGUCAAGUUCUUAACAGGAAUCUUUCAGGUUGUUUAACUUGUGCAUUGUGUUAGCUCUCCCAUUAGUAAUGGCAGUAAAUCUAACUUCUGAAUCUUUGUACAUGUUUAGGAUGAAAGCAAUGACAGUUUCAGAUUUUCAGUUCAUGUCCUCCAACUCUAAGUGACAGUGGAUUUUCACAGUGCUGGCUGCUGUAUCUUUGCAUUUGUGGUUUGUAGCAUGUAUUUUCUAAUACAAAAUAAGAGAGGCCAAAUUUUUACCACUUGUUUAUUUUUUCUAAUCAAAUGAGAUGUCUCUUUUGAGGAAGUUAUAUGUCCGCCAUUCAUUUUACAUGUUUUCUCCUGUUUAUUGAUGUGUUUUAAUACCCAUGCUGAAUUUUUACAAAUGUAAUUGGAUACUAUUUGGCUGAAUUUUACACCACUGUCAUUAAAAUAUGUGACAAACACAAACUGAACUUAAUAAAAAUUUUGAUUGUAUGAUCAAAA